AGCAAUUACUUCCGGGACAAGUUUUGCGGGCACUUUUGGCGGGCCGCUAGAAUCAGUAUUCGGUUCGACAGGAGGAGUGAAGGUGGCCAUUUGAACUUUGGCUCACAGUUUGGACGUAAACAACUCUAGUAAUGGCUCUGAGUCCCAACUUGACGAUGAGCACCCCAUCAGCCCCGACGUACACGGUGACGACCGUCCCGUCCCAGCCCUAUGUGAUUAUGAAGGAGGGAGGUGGGUACGAAGGCUUCGUGGUCGACGUCCUGGAGAAGAUCGCCUCCAAGCUCCGCUUCCGGUACGACAUCCGGCCAUCAGCUGACGGCCUGUACGGAUCACGUGACUCGAGGGGCGUCUGGAACGGCAUGGUCGGCGAGCUUCAGAGACAGGAAGCGGACAUCGCUGCUUCUGACUUGACCAUUACACCAGAACGCGAGGCGGCAGUGGACUUCACCGGGUCCUACCUCAACCAGUACCUGCGCCUCCUGGUCAAGAAGCCGGAACACACCCCUGAAGGUUUGGGCCUCAUGGUGGAACCCUUCUCUACCGAGCUGUGGUUCCUCAUCCUUGUCGCCUUCUUCGUUGUCUCGUUCCUCUUCAUUGUCAUCGGCCGCUUCGACCCCUACGAGUGGAGCCAGGUCCCCCCAGGCCGGGACCCCCGGGGAGCCAGACACAGUUUUGGACUGAGGGACAGUCUUAUGUUCGUCUUCAGUACACUCACAUGGCAAGGUUACCGAGAAUCGCCAAGGUCAAUGUCUGGUCGCAUACUGGCAGUAUUCUGGUUCAUAUUCGUCCUGAUUGCCAUCGUUGCUUACAUCGCAAACAUGACGGCCUUCCUGCUGGUGCGCCAGGAGAAACUGCCGUCGAUGCCGUUCCGGGAUGUCAACGAUCUUCUCGCUGACGGCGAGGUCAAUGUCGGAGUCACCAGGGGAGGUAACUCCUUCAGAACUCUGAGGACAAGUCCGGUGCAGCUCUACCAACGGUUAGCAGAUUACAUCGACAGCAGACAGACCUUCGUCGAUUCAACCGAGGAGGGAGUGAGGCGAGUCAGAUCCUCUGCAGGAGAAUACGCCAUGUUCAUGGAAUCUGCCACUGCGAGCUUCUUUGCGACCUACAACUGUGACGUCAUGGUGUACGGAGCCAACCACUUCCCAACUGGUUUAGGAUUGGCUACUCGGAAAGGCUCCCGUCUUGGACAGCAGGUCAACCAGGCCCUCCUGGAGCUGAGGGAGAGCGGAGAGCUGACAGCUCUGCACCGGAAGUGGUGGGACACGCGCAGAUGUGGAGACCCGGAUGCCAACGCCCAGUUCAAGAAGCAGAGAGAUGCACCUUUGACAGUAUUCAAGCUCUUCCCACGUGAUCUCAGUGUUGCCUUUCUCUUGCUUCUUGUUGGCGCCAUCUUGGCCGUCAUUUUCCUGAUCGUUGAUGUCGUCGUGAGCAAGAUGAGAACGACAAAAUUCGCCCCGGGAGCGGGUCAGCCGAGGCGUGUGGAGGAUCGCAUCACUGGAGAGAGGUUCACAGCAGACGGCUCCGAUUUGAAGACAAGAACAGACGACACCGCCGAUGGCGCCAGGGGACAGCCAUAGAGCGUUCGUUACGCCGCGUGUGAUUGGUUGUGCAAUCUUUCUAUGCAGUAUCGAACAUUCUGAUUGGUUGUAUGUUGUUCCACUUGGUUGUAUGCUGUGAAUUUCCUUGGAACUGUACAGGAAGAAGUCUUCAAAUAAUUACUGUGGAUUGUAUCAGGGAUUAAUGUCACGAUUUUCCAUUCGUCAUAUCCAAGAAAAUUCGAUAAUGUAAGCCGAAAAGGACAGAACAUAUCAUAAUUUCAAAAAUGGAUGAUUCAUUUUGACCAAAUCAUAAUAUCCCAAGACAUACAUUUUGUGCUGGAGAAGAACCUAGAAAGCGUAAAGGUUUCUGGAAGUGUUCAAAGACCUCAGGAGGAGUUUAAGAAUUGUACGCAUGACACAGAUCUAGUGUAUAUAUGUUUUGUACAUCUUCUGUAAGGUUAGCUAACCACAGUAGUUAUAUAGACAUGUACACCUGGAAAACGUUAGGCACCCGCCUUUAUUUUAUACAUUCCGAACUUCCCUGUAUUUGGAAAUAUCAACUUAUGACAUUGACCUCAUUUUGAUACUUAUUUAAGAUACUCUCGAUACCUGACUAAGACGCGUGUGUUGCUCCAGGUGGUCGUGUCAUGUGAUGCGAAGAAGCAGAGGAAGGAUUGAAAUGGUUUUCAAAUAACCAUCGCCAUGGAGUAGUUACAAAGUAUGUCAUAAGAUAAUCAAUUUCGGUUUCUGUACUUUAAUAUGAGUAGGUCACUUUGUGAACAAAGAGACAUGCUUUUCACCAUUUUUUAAUACGGGAUACGAUUAAAAGAAAUUCAAAUAAAUAUGGAAAUGCUUAGCGGUGCUCAAUUAUUUUCCAGGUGUAUAUUUGAAUGUAGUUAAUCGUCACCAUGGACCUCGCGAUCAUACCUCAUCCGACUCUAUAUCCUGCAUCGUUCAUUUUCUAUCUCCGGGGACAAAAUCCAGUAUGUUAACUCGUUUUAGGGUUGUCAACAUGGUGACAAAGAAUAUGGUGAUGACGAGUCUUUAGAGAUUCUGAACUACAAUUUUGGGUACGGGAUUUGUCCAGUACUACAAACCACAUUAUUUUGCAGUAUUUCAGAAAUGAGGAUUCAUUCAGAUUUUCCGCCGCUUCAGCAGAAGCAUAUCACAUUAAUGGAAGCUAUUUCCAGACAAAUCCUGGAUUUUGUCUUGCUUCACUUUGUCCUUCACUUACUCUUUGUCGUUUUGUAAAAUAGUCAUCAAAUGUAAUAAAAUAAUAAAUCACGAA